GUGGGGGCCGCCGGGUCUGCGCCGGCCGCCGGGCCGCGACCUUUCUUGCGCUCCUCCGAUCGGCGCGCGGCUAUGGCGCGGAAGUUCCACUUGCGUCUACUUCUCGUAGCGCUCCUGCUCGGUCCGGCCCUGGUGCGCGGCUCCAGCCCCCUGCCCCUCGUCCUCAACACUUGGCCUUUUAAGAAUGCAACCGAAGCAGCAUGGAAGACACUAGCCUCUGGAGGUUCUACCCUGGAUGCUGUUGAGAGUGGCUGUGCUGUGUGUGAGAGAGAGCAGUGUGACGGCUCUGUAGGCUUUGGAGGAAGUCCUGAUGAACUAGGGGAAACCACACUGGAUGCCAUGAUCAUGGAUGGCACUACUAUGGAUGUAGGAGCAGUAGGAGAUCUUAGACGAAUUAAAAAUGCUAUUGGUGUGGCACGGAAAAUACUGGAACAUACAACACAUACACUUUUAGCAGGAGAGUCAGUGAUUGUAUGUAACUACUUGCCAAUCUCUAAAAACACCUUUCCUGAAAAAAUAAAACAUAAAUCUUGUUUACAGAACGUUAUACCAGAUGCUUCAAAAUACUGUGGACCCUACAAACCACCCAGUAUCCUAAAGCAGGAUGAUCCUAUCUGUAAAGAGAUUAGAGAUGACCGUGGUCAUGAUACUAUUGGCAUGGUUGUAAUCCACAAGAUGGGACAAACUGCUGCUGGUACAUCUACAAAUGGUUUAAAAUUCAAAAUACCUGGUCGUAUAGGAGAUUCACCGAUACCUGGAGCUGGGGCCUAUGCUGAUGAUACUGCAGGUGCAGCUGCAGCCACUGGGGAUGGUGAUACACUGAUGCGCUUUCUACCAAGCUAUCAAGCUGUAGAAUAUAUGAGGAAAGGAGAAGAUCCAACUAUAGCUUGCCAAAAAGUGAUUGCAAGAAUUCAGAAGCAUUUUCCAAAAUUCUUUGGGGCUGUUAUCUGUGCCAAUGUGACCGGAAGUUAUGGUGCUGCUUGUAAUAAACUUCCAACAUUUACUCAGUUUAGUUUCAUGGUUUAUAAUUCUUUAAGAAAUCAGCCAACUGAGGAGAAAGUAGACUGCAUCUAAUCCAUCCUUUCAACCAACAUCUAUUUAAAGAAGGAAACAAAGGCUGAAAAGGUUACUUAACUAUCAUCGUGUGGUGUUCCUUGUGUAUUCUAAGGUCUUUAUGUAAAAUCAAGCACAAAAAUAAAUUUAUGCUGAAGUGGCACUUUCACUUUCUGUAUCUGAAAUUUUUUUUAUAUCUAUUUUUAUUUAAACUUUGUAUAUCUCCUGAAAAUGAAUAUGUAUAUGUGUGUGUUUUGUAUAUAUUUAGAUUUUAAGUGAUAUUUGGGUUUAUGAUUGAUGUUGCAGGAAAUAGCUACUUGGGGGAUUAUUUCCACAGUGAUAUAUUAGAGCCAAAAGAAAUCAUUUAUAUUUGGAUACUUAAAAUAAUUAGAGUGUACAAGUUUUUUAGACAAAAAUGUAACAGUGAGUCUCAGCAUGAUUAGUCCUGAUUGAAUUUCAUGUUACAGUGAUACGUCUCUUACCUCUGAUUAUGAGUUUUACCUAGUAUUCCCUAGUAACUUGAAGAGGGAAGAAUGCUAUUAAUAAUGUAAAUGCUUUUUGUUUUGCACGUAUUAGAAAAUAUGGGCAAUCUUCUGAUGAGCAAUUGUGUUGAUUUUCUUUGCUUUUUCGCUCCAAUGAAGCUCUCAAUGUGUGAAGGUUCUUAAACCACAAAAAUAUCUGACCUUCAGCUACUAAUAUAUAGUAUUGAUCAUUUCUUUUGAAAAUGAUUUGGAGAACUUGAUCGAUACCUUGAUUUCACUAAUCUCUUGUGCAGAGUUGCAGAUCAGCACUAAGUCAAUAAAUGUGUUGUCUAGCUUGGUAUCCUAACUUCUGAAUUAACUGUCUCUGACUGACAGCUAUGCAGAAGUUGUGUGUAUGCUUCCUCAGCAUCAUCUUUUCUUUCAAAAUUAUUGUCUUUUAAAUCAGGAGUUAUUAAUAAAUCUUCAUGUACAGUAUUAUCCACAAA